AUGAUUCUCACAAAUGCUUGGGUGGUUGGUAAUUGCACUUUGAUGACUUUCUGUGGUGGAGAUGGCAUAUUCUAUUUGUUUGGAGGCAUGAUAAUACAAUUUAGAAUUGCCCCUUUGAAAUUUGUUUGGAAAUUACCAGUGGAAACCAAGGUACCUAAAACAACUGUUGAAUUGGUUCCAUUCCUUAAAGAAAAAAUAUCAAUAAUUACAACAAAUGAAAUGAAAUUCAAUAGAUGGCCAUGGUUGGUUGAUGGAUUUAAUAUUCAAAUGAAGAUUAAACAAUUGAUUAUUAAUUGGGAAUCAGAUUCUACAAUCAAAAAUGACCCAAUCCUGUCUUCUAUAAUUUAUACAUCUUCACCACCACAUUGGCUAAAAUCCGGGUUUUCUGAAAAAGAAUGGCAAGAAAUGAGUUCAACUUUUUCUUGCACAAUCAAAAGAUCAACAAUGGAAGGAGUAUCUGGAUACCAAAGCACUGAUAAAAAUAUCAAAAAAAAAUUACAUUUCAAAUAUUUAGUUGGUGAAGUUGCUAGAAACCCACUAAAACACAUUGUGUCAUAUCUUUAUAACAAAUAUGGCCAAAAUAUGGAUUACUCAGAUGUAAAUGAUUUGGAAAUUUAUGGAAUUCUUGUUUCAGGAUUUCAACUAUAUAUUUAUUAUUAUGUACUAGAUCAGCCAGGGACUUCUAUUAACAGAAUUCGUCUUAUAGAAAUUUUAAUGCUACCAGUAAGAAAGAAGAUUCUAAUUAUUAUAGCUGGUUAG